AUGUGGAAGUCGCUGCACUCAUCGAGACCCGGUUCUCCGAACAUGGCCCAAUGGAGGAGGUGGGUGCCGGCUACACCUUCUUCUGGAGUAGUCGCUCCCUGGAAAAAGACGAGACGCGGAUGUCGCUUCGCCAACCGGAACGACAUCGUGGGACGGCUGCCCUGUCUGCCGCAGGGCAUCAACGAUCACCUGAUGAGCAUCCGUCUGCCUCUCCGGGGAGGCAAAUUCGCCACCAUCAUCAGCCUGUACGCUCCACCGAUGGGCGGCCCUGACGCCGCAAGGGACAAAUUAUACGUGGACCUGCAUGCACUCCUGGCGUCUGCGUCGAAGGCGGAUAAGUUGAUUGUCCUUGGUGACUUCAACGCCCGCGGCGGCACAGAAAACCUGCGGUAG